UGAUUAACUUCUCGGCUGUCUGCUACUGUCUACUGUCUACUGUCUACUUGUCUACUUGUCUACUUGUCUACUUGUCUACUUGUCUGGACCUCAAAGCAAACCCCCGUUCUUGUCAGCUGGUUCGCAGGAGUCCGCGAAAUUCUCUCCGUCGCCCUCCCGCCCAGAAUACAUACCUUCCUUGUGUGAAUGUUCCCAGAGAGUGAUAAUGAGUUGGCCCGUUUGAGAGUCAUGAAUCUAUUGGGAAGUGUUGUCACCGGCGAUGCCUCAGAGCCAAUUCCGGCCUUUGGAAGCCCAAGCCCUCUAAACCAGUCCAAUGAUUCGUCCUCCAUAGGAAUACAAGACUCAACUACAGUACAACAACAACAUCAGCGGUGUCCGUUGCCAUAUAUCUCCCACUCCCACUCUCACCCGUCAAAGGCCCAGAACAAUCGAAUACAGAUGGCUUCCAUAACCCCCAGGCCGUCCUCCAGGUUUUCAAAACGUAGCUCGUCGUGCGAAUCACUCCGCACAGAACAAGUGCCCAUCAUGCGAUUUUUUUCAAGGCGAACCCCCAAUCUGCAGCUGCCACCCUUUGAAUCCUUAGGCAUAUCAAAUUCUUCCAAACCAUCCAAUCCUCCGCCUUCCUCCCUUCAAAAUUCAGAACGUCCCCCAUUUACCGCUGGUGAACCCUCUACCGUCGCCAUUCAUCCACCCUCGUCCCCCUAUACAUUAUCCGAAACGCCAUCGGCGCUUCCUUACAGCCGCUCUAUUUCGCUACCUCUCACACCCCCAGAGGAAACCCUAUCUGUCAAAUGGAAUCCCGAGUCGGAUAGCCCUAUCUCUGAUGUACAUUCAAGCCCCAAUCGGCAUAAGCCAUCACAAUUGGACAGUCUCACGAAUGGGGAUUCACAUUCUCCGAAGGAGAACAAUGGUCAAGCUUCAGACUCGGCUUCGCAGGCGGUGACAUCGAAUGGGGCCAUACAACCAAGCAUGGAGCAAAUUCCAUUCACUAAUGAUGACCCGAAGUCAUGGCUUAAAAAUGGAAUUGAACUUGCUGUGUCUUCACUUAAAAUUUCGAAAACGCCAGGCCAAGCUGUACAGAUGGUGUCGCAAACGCUGCCAUGCCCGCCUAUCGACCAAACCCCAAGCUCCCUCCCAGUUUCCGCGUUUAGUAACAUCGUCGAGGAAAUCCAACGUCGACUCCAAGCUGACCAGUCUCCUUAUAUUAAUAUCAUUCAUGCAGUGCCCCCAAAAUUCAGCCUAAAUAAUUUGCCAACGUCUCCGCCUAGUACUCCAAACCGAAUGUCUCCGGACGAUGACUACUUCAAUUUGACCGUGUUUUCUAGUGGGGCUCCGGUUCCUGCAUAUGCAUCUCAUCGUGACUCCAUAUCAGAUGAUUCACCUGGAUCCACACAUACUCACACGGCUAUUGUCCCUCCAUAUAGUGUGCACAUCUCCAUAGUUGAACGUUAUCUUCCUCCACCCUCGUCUCAAGAAUACCGAAAUCUGUUCUCAGCCACUGGUCCCUCCGUUCUAGUCGAUCGUCUGCGUGAACUAUCCCCUCAAGGAGGCAACCUAGUGUUGAUCUAUCCAACCAAGCAAGGCGCCCGCACAUUCAAAAAUGAAUAUCUGGGCCCAAUUCUUGACCCCCUCCUUCGCCAAAUGGUUGUAGUCAACGAGUUGUCUGCAGAUAUCAGCAAAGCCCUAGGCUCUAUGCCCGCGAUAGCCGAAAUGGACGAUUUCGAAGCAAUGCAGAACAACAUCCUGCGGCUUUGCGAGAACUUAAGACAACGCGAGUCGUCAUUGGCUGGCCCAGCACCGACUCGCAGCUCCCGUUUCACCCUGGUUUACGGCGGCAAGGGCGAAAUCUGCAUGGAUCGCAAAUCGUGGAUCGAAUGGUAUAUUCAACAGGAAACACCAAGGGCACGGGACAUUCUAAAUGGUUAUUGGCGGGUCGGUUACCAGCUCCCAACCAGCCUUACGGCUUCGUCACAGGGAACUCGCCAGCAGGGGAAUCGGGAAAUAUCAGGCCCGUCACUUCUGCAGGUGCUUUUCCAGGGGCUCCGGAAUAGGGCGAGUAUCGACAUGUCGGCUGAUCUCGGGAAAAGCAUGGAGGUUGGCGUUUUUGUUAUUCGCAGAUCGCAGUAGCUGCUACUAACUGGAGCAGCGAGAUAGGAAAAAUGGCGAAACCGUUGACGUUGAAAUUUAAUGGGACUACCCGUUUUAUUAUUAUUAUUAUUAUUAUUAUUA